UCUCCAUUUGACCAGCUGCAGCUGAAAAUUUCGAGAAAUUCCAGGAGUGGAGAAGAUUGUGGCUUCCUUAAUUUCUUGCUCUGGAGAUCUGAAUCAAUAGAGAAGUCGGUCUUAUGUACCAUCCAAGAAAGCCUUUCCUUUCUUUCCAUUAGCCAAUUAAGAAAUUUAGAGACACAAAACCAUCACGAGGUGUAUCAGUUUUCGUCAAGAAAUUCAAUUUUUGUGCUUUGUCUUUCACUGUGACUGGGGCCUUUGGAGCUACAUUAUGUUAUCAGCAGCCUUAAUUACUUUGGUGAGAAGUGGUGGGAACCAGGUGAAGAAGAGAGUAUUGCUAAGAUCCUUCCUUCUGCAGGACAAUAGGCAGGUGACUCCUGCCUGCUACACCUCCACUUCAGAGCCCAGGAGUUCUCGAUUUGAUCCAGACGGAAGUGGGCAGCCAGCCACUUGGGACAAUUUUGGGAUCUGGGAUAACCGCAUUGAUGAGCCAAUUCUGCUGCCACCUAGCAUCAAGUAUGGCAAGCCAAUUCCCAGAAUUAGCCUGGAGAAUGUGGGCUGUGCCUCCCUCAUUGGCAAACGGAAAGAAAAUGAAGAUCGAUUUGGGUUCGCACAGCUGACAGAGGAGGUGCUAUACUUCGCAGUGUACGAUGGGCACGGGGGACCUGCAGCUGCUGACUUCUGUCACACGCACAUGGAGAAAUGUGUUACGGAUUUGCUUCCUCAGGAGAAAGACUUGGAAACUGUGCUGACCUUGGCCUUCCUAGAAAUAGAUAAAGCCUUUUCCAGUCACGCACACCUGUCUGCUGAUGCAAGCCUCCUGACCUCUGGGACUACUGCAACGGUAGCCCUUUUGAGAGAUGGCAUUGAACUGGUUGUAGCCAGUGUUGGAGACAGCCGGGCUCUUUUGUGUAGAAAAGGAAAACCCAUGAAGUUGACCACUGACCAUACCCCAGAAAGAAAGGAUGAGAAAGAAAGGAUCAAGAAAUGUGGUGGUUUUGUAGCUUGGAAUAGUGUGGGACAGCCCCAUGUAAAUGGCAGACUUGCAAUGACAAGGAGUAUUGGAGAUUUGGAUCUUAAAGCCAGUGGUGUAAUAGCAGAACCUGAGACAACAAGGACUAAGCUCUACCAUGCUGAGGACAGUUUCCUGGUCCUCACCACUGAUGGGAUUAACUUCAUGGUGAAUAGUCAAGAGAUCUGUGACUUUGUCAACCAGUGCCAUGAUCCUAAUGAAGCAGCUCACGCAGUGACUGAACAGGCAAUACAGUAUGGUACUGAAGAUAACAGCACUGCAGUGGUGGUACCCUUUGGUGCCUGGGGAAAAUACAAGAACUCUGAAAUAAGCUUCUCAUUCAGCAGAAGCUUUGCCUCCAGCGGACGAUGGGCCUGAUAGUCAGCUUCAACUCGGGUUAUCAAUGGGCAUAUCAAGUACCUGGUAAUAGCCAGAAAGUGGCCUGCACUUAUUUGUCCUUGUGACGUAAUAGAUCCCAACACAGCAUAAGCUUACCAGCCACAAACACAGUGGUAUUGUCAUAAAUCUUCGUCAACAUUAUGUUCAACUGUAUAUGCUCAGUGUAAGUACCGUGAUGAAGCUGUGAAGUCAUUGUGUGUCUCUGCGCUGAGUGGGAGAAGAAGCUGGUUUUGUACACUUGAUGACUGAUAAAUCUACGCAUUUUGUUUGUGAUACUAGAGAUGAAAUCUGGGGCUUUCUAAGUUUUAAGACUACCAGGCAGAUCCAGUUUCUUUUUAGUAAAAUUUGUUCUUUAUUUAUCUGGACAGGGUUUUCUGAAUUUUGACAGCUAGUCAGUGUGGUACUUGCAGGUGUCUUUUCUUUCUCUUUGUUUAAAGUAGGUUUUCACUGGUUGGCCUUGGACUCCUAGAUUCAAACAGUCUUCCUACUUCAGCUUCCUGAGUACCUGGGACUGCAGGGUGCUCCAACUUACAAGUGUUUUUUUGUUUGUUUGUUUUUGUUUUGUUUUUAUCUUUAAUUUUUUUUUUUUUCAGAGCAGAAGCAGCACAGAUUUAUUAAAGGAAAGUGAGAACCUACACCCAGGAGAUGGGUGAAUUCCAAGGGAGUAAUACCCACAGUGUUAUUUUUUAAAUAAAUGUACCAAGGAGUGAAAAUGAAAACUAGGUUACUGUGUCUUAUACUUUGGAUCACUUACUAGGAAAUUUAACCUUGAAAAAGAAACUUCUUCAGACAAAAGACAUGGCUAAUGAGUAUGCAUUUUUAUAAACAGCUCUGUUUUGUAUUUCAAAUAUUUCUCUCCUCUUCAUUCUUAUUCUUAUGCAGUUAACUAUGCUAUGUAGCUGUAAGUGUUCCUUAGUCUCUGGAGAAGAAUGUACUUGCUCUUUGGUUAAAACAUAUAAAGUGAAACACUGAAAGUGUUAAUCUUGUAUAAGUUGUUGUAUGUUUUGUGUGUAGUAUGUUUAUAUCACAUUUUGUGUGCCCAGUAAGCAAGCUGGGUCAUUUGUUGGUUAAGAUAAUUCUAUAAUGACUGAUACUGCGAUAGACAUAGCUUGGAGUUUAUGAGUUUGUGUCUCCAUUUUCCUCAUUUCUAAGGUUUAUGCAAAAGAAUAAAUCUAUUUAAAAGGACAUUCAAAUAUGUCAGCUUGCUAUGUAAAUUAGGAUUGUAAAGCCACACUCCUUUUUACAAAACUGUAUGUAAAUUUGCUGUUAAAUUGUGAAUCCCUGAAUGUGUGUUUAGAAUUAAUCUAUAGUUUAUUUUCACAAGCUAUGUAAAUUUGGUUUCUUGUGAUAAGUGUAUAUAUGUAUAUUUUGAAGUAAUAUAAAAUUAAAGGGAACAAUCUUGUGCAGCCUUUAUCAGGUAGCUUUAAAUUAUUGAUAUAUUUGACCCUACGGACACGCCACAGAUUGAGUGUCACAUUUUCUGUAGUAAAGAAUUGGUGGUUGUUAGUAGAUAACCAUUGUGGAUUAAAAUAGAUAAUGUGGGCCAGAUGUGGUGACCUAUACCUAUACUCUCAGAAUUUGUGAGGAGGAGGCAAGAGAAUCAGAUGGUGACUUUGAGAUCAGCCCCAGCUACCUAGCAAGAUCCAGAGUAGCCUCAGCCACAAUUUGUCUGCCAAAACAAAAUAACAACAAAUGGCUAUAAGAGACCUUCUAUUGUGUGUACUUUAUGUGGAUAACCAAAGAACAGAAAUAGCCACAUUGUUUUAUGGUAAUUUGAAUAUAAUAUUGUGGGAUAUAAUAUUGUGGGAUAUAAAAAGACCAGGGAAUGUUAAGAGGAACUUGGGAUUUUGUGGAAGAAACAAAAGAAAAAU